AUGGCUAGUUUUUCAAGGUCCUUGUGUUUUUCACUUGGCCUCUUUAUCAUCUUCUCGAGCUUCUCAGAAGCCAGAGACCACUUGAUGGGUGGAAAAUCCGAUGCGUGGAAAGUCCCUUCUUCUGAAUCUGAUUCUCUCAAUCACUGGGCAGAAAAAACUCGAUUCCAAGUCGACGAUUCUUUAGGUAUAUAUACUGUUAAAACUUACACCGAUGGCAAUACGAAGGUGAAGCUCGAGCGGUCGGGGCCGUACUACUUCAUUAGUGGAGCGAACGGGCACUGCGAGAAGGGUCAACAGGUGAUUGUGGUGGUGAUGUCUGAGAAGCACCGCCGCUUCAUUGGAGUUUCUCCAUUGUCAUCUUCGGCGGAGGUUGAGGGUCCGGCAGUUGCUCCCACAAGCAAUGCUGCAAACUUGAAGGGGAGCUUUUUGGUGGCACUGGGGGCUCUUGUGGGAUUUCUUCUGAUGUGA